GCUACAUAGCCGGGGGCCUCACAUGGGUGCAAGCUCAACUUUAUUAAUGGUCUCACAUGGACAUUGUCUCCUCUGUUUCUCUUGUCUUGUCACACUAAUCGCUCAUUUCGAAUCACAUCUCAAACCCUUUCUUUUUUUUCUUUCCAUCUCUCUCUCUCUCUCUUUCCGUCGUCUCUCUGUCUCUGUUCUGAUGGGUCUCCGGUUACCAUCCAAGGUUCUGGAGCAUAUCAUCUCCUUCAUCGAUGCCAACGAGGACCGGAACUCUGUUUCUCUCGUCUGCAAGUCAUGGUUCGAGACCGAGAGGCGAACUAGGAGAAAGGUCUUCGUCGGAAACUGUUACGCGGUCACUCCUGCGGCGGUUGCACGGCGGUUCCCGAAGAUGAGAUCUCUGACUCUGAAGGGUAAGCCUCACUUCGCCGACUACAACUUGGUUCCCGACGGUUGGGGUGGCUAUGCUUGGCCGUGGAUUGAGGCUAUGGCGGCGAAAACCCCGUCGCUUGAGGAGGUACGGUUGAAGAGAAUGGUGGUGACUGAUGAGUGCUUGGAGAAGAUUGCUGCUUCCUUUAAGGAUUUUAAAGUCCUUGUGUUGACUUCUUGUGAAGGAUUCUCCACUGAUGGUCUCGCAGCCAUUGCAGCAACUUGCAGAAACCUGAGGGAGCUGGAAUUGCGAGAAUGCAUAGUUGAAGAUCUAGGAGGAGACUGGCUUAGCUAUUUCCCAGAGACGUUGACUUCUCUUGUCUCUCUUGACUUCUCUUGUUUGGACUCUGAGGUUAAACUCUCGGACUUGGAGCGUCUCGUGAGCAGGUCUCCAAACCUCAAGUCUCUGAAGCUGAACCGAGCCGUGGCUCUAGACGGACUCGAGAGCUUACUUCGUCGAGCUCCACAGCUGGUUGAGCUUGGCACAGGUUCUUUCUCAGAUGACCUGGAUCAAGAAGCGCUUUCAAAGUUAGCUAAAGCUUUUGCAGCGUUGAAGCAACUUAAGUGCUUAUCUGGUCUUUGGGAUGUCCUCCCUGAGUAUAUUCCACUUCUUUACUCUGUUUGUCCUCGUCUUACCUCGUUGAACUUGAGCUAUGCUACUGUCCAAAUGCCUGAUCUUGUCGAUCUUCUUAGUCGAUGCUCGAAACUGCAGAAGCUAUGGGUGAUGGACUUGAUAGAGGACAAAGGUCUCAAAGCUGUUGCCUCGUGCUGCAAGGAACUGCGAGAACUAAGGGUGUUUCCAUCUGGAGCAGAUCUAGAUGAAACAGACGUAGCUCUGACGGAACAAGGUCUGGUCUCUGUAUCUGAAGGCUGUCCAAAGCUUGAAUCUGUUCUCUACUUCUGUGUCCAGUUCACAAACACAGCCUUGGUUACCAUCGCGAGAAACCGUCCAAAUUUCAGAUGCUUCCGCCUCUGUGUGAUGGAGCCGUUUGCUCCUGAUUACAGAACACAAAAGCCACUCGAUGAAGGAUUCAAAGCCAUAGUUGAGAGAUGCAAGGAUCUUCAACGGCUCUCUGUCUCAGGUCUCCUCACCGACAAGGCCUUUGAAUACAUCGGGAAACACGCCAAGAAGCUUGGGAUGCUAUCAGUAGCAUUUGCUGGGGACAGUGAUCUCAUGCUUCAUCACUUGUUGUCAGGCUGUGAGAGUUUAAAGAAGCUCGAGAUCAGAGAUUGCCCUUUCGGAGACGCUGCGCUGCUGGAGAACGCUGCGAAACUAGAAACCAUGCGAUCCCUUUGGAUGUCGUCUUGCUUCGUAAGUUUCGAUGCUUGCAAGAUCCUGAGCCAGAAGAUGCCGAGGCUCAACGUCGAAGUCAUCGAUGAACAUCCUCCAGAGACAAGGCCGGAGAGCUCUCCAGUUGAGAGGAUAUACAUUUACAGAACCGUCGCGGGACCGAGGUUGGAUAUGCCUGAAUUUGUGUGGACAAUACACAAGACUCCCGAGAUCGGAGUUUCAAAUCUAGCCAUAAAGCAUUGUUGUGGGAGAUUCACCUUCCAUACGCUCUAUCUCAUAUCCAUAUUGUUUCCUUUAAGAUGU